GAUGCCUUUUAUAUUGAAAACUCACUAGUUAGCUGAGAACCUAAUGGUAGUUGCAAUGUACUUUAAAUAGAAAAGUCCUCUUGCUUGACAAAGGUAAAGGAAACUGUUCGGUCCGACUUUGUUCCUUUCAUGCCUGCCAGGGCUUCUGGUUUCGCGGAGACCUCAGGCUAGGAGCAGCCCUGAGCAGGGAGACAGUUACAGAGAAUCCCCACCAAGUUGCAGGCAGAGGGACAGCCAAGGCCCUCAGGAAGUGCACGAGAGCAGAACCUCUACGGCAAGUUCACCGAGAAAUCUGGAAAGUUCGAAUCCCAGCCCCAGUCCAUCAAAUCGAGCAUCAUAAAAUUAAGUUUUCCUUACUGUGAAAUGGCAAUUUGUAAUGAUUUCUGAGAAGUGGGACCCAUGGUUGUGUCGAUGUCUGAGCCAGGUGAGGGUGAGAUCCCUGGCGCCAUGGGCUGGCCCCCAGGAUGCCCUGGAAAACGCAUUCUGUUCACAGCUGUGUGAUUCUUUUCUUUCUGUGUUGGUGAAGCAGCCAGACCUGGUCCGUUUGGAAUGCCUGGGAUGGUGCCGCCGCAUAUUCCUCCUCAGAUGCUCAACAUUCCGCAGACCUCUCUGCAAGCAAAGCCCGUGGCCCCACAGGUGCCCAGCCCAGGGGGCGCCCCGGGCCAGGGUCCAUACCCGUACAGCCUCUCUGAGCCAGCACCUCUCACUUUGGACACGAGCGGGAAGAAUCUGACGGAGCAGAACAGCUACAGCAACAUUCCUCACGAAGGGAAGCACACGCCGCUCUAUGAGCGGUCCUCGCCCAUCAACCCGGCCCAGAGCGGCAGCCCCAACCAUGCGGAUUCCGCCUACUUCCCUGGCUCUUCUACAUCGUCAUCUUCAGACAACAACGAGGGCAGCGGACGGGCAACAAAGUGA